AUGUACAAGGUCAUCUGGGACCCGACAUGGGUUCCUUCCAUCUAUUCUAGAAAAGGUGGCAGCGCCAUCCAAGCACGGGCAUCAGCGCCAGCGCCAGCGCCAGUGCGCAUCGCGGUGCAUCGUUGCAUCGUCGCUUUCCAUUCCACCAUUUUCGUGCUGGUGCUUGUGCUUGUGCUUGCAGAAAGUGCUUGCCUCUGCCUGUCUGCCUGCCUGCCCGCCCUCAACUCGGACCCGCCCGCACCAAAGCUGCGCCGUGCGCUCUGCAACAAGCAAGCAAGCAAGCUCACCAUACCGCGCGGCGCAAGCCGCGGAAUGGAAUUGUGA